AUGUUUAGAAAACUCGCUGGCAAAACCAUAUUUAUUAGCGGUGCCAGUCGAGGUAUCGGGAAAAGCAUAGCUCUGACAGCCGCCAGAGAUGGCGCCAACAUCGUAAUCGCUGCGAAAACGGCGGCUCCGCACCCAAAACUGCGGGGUACCAUACACACUGCCGCAGAUGAAGUAAGAGCACUGGGCGGCCGGUGUCUGCCAUGCGUUGUCGAUGUCCGAAACGAGGAGGACGUUGAAAAGGCGGUAGAGACUGCCGUGAGCACGUUCGGUGGCAUAGAUGCGCUGGUGAACAACGCAUCAGCCAUCAGCCUUACGGGUACCUUGGCGACUGCAAUGAAAACUUACGACCUGAUGCAGAACGUAAACGCGCGCGGAACCUUUCUCGUGUACAGAGUCGAGAAGUGCAUUCCAUACUUGAAAAAGGCAGAAAAUCCGCACAUCCUGAACAUCAGUCCUCCAUUAAACAUGAACCCAAAAUGGUUUAGAGAUCAUAUAGCGUAUACAAUGGCCAAGUACGGGAUGUCGAUGUGUGUACUCGGAAUGUCUGAAGAGCUGAAGCCGUUCAACAUCGCAGUCAAUGCACUCUGGCCGAAAACAGCGAUCUGGACAGCCGCCAUGGAAAUGUUAGUUGGAGGAAAAGAUAUGUCGCACAAAUGUCGAAAGCCAGAAAUAGUAGCCGAAGCAGCGUACGUUAUCCUCAAUAAAGACGCGAGAAACUUCACCGGAAACUUUUACAUCGACGAAGAGGUGCUGAAAGAAGCUGGUAUUGAAAACUUUGACCGCUUCGCUUUCAAACCUGGUACGCGUUUUUGUCAUGACGCGUUGUUCCUAUAA